AUGACGGAGGUGGAAGAUAUCCAUAUGCAAGAUGCCAUUGAAGAACGUGAAGAAGUACAACUUUCAUCGAUCCCUAAACCGGCAACUGCAACCAAGACCACCGGAAGUAAUAUUAACGAAUUGGAUCAAUGGAUAGAAUCUUUGAGUCAGUGUCAAAAUUUACCCGAGGAAAAUGUAGUGGAAUUAUGCAAUUUGGCCAAAGAGAUCUUGGAACAGGAGGAGAACGUUAGAGCUGUUAAUGUUCCUGUGACGAUAUGCGGGGAUAUUCAUGGUCAAUUCCAUGAUCUGAUUGAAUUAUUUAAGAUUGGUGGACCCUGUCCGGAUACAAACUAUUUGUUCAUGGGAGAUUACGUGGAUAGAGGGUAUUAUUCCGUGGAAACAGUCUCGUUAUUGGUAGCCAUGAAGUGUAGGUAUCCUAAUAGAAUUACCAUAUUGAGAGGUAAUCAUGAAUCGAGACAAAUUACACAGGUUUAUGGGUUUUAUGAUGAAUGUCUAAGAAAAUAUGGAAGUGCCAAUGUUUGGAAAUUAUUUACUGAUUUGUUCGAUUAUCUGCCCAUUACUGCAUUGGUAGAUAAUAAGAUUUUCUGCCUACAUGGUGGCCUCUCACCCAUGAUCGAAUCCAUUGAUCAAAUAAGGGAAUUAAAUCGAUUACAAGAAGUUCCCCAUGAAGGUCCAAUGUGUGAUUUACUGUGGUCUGAUCCAGAUGAUAGAGGUGGAUGGGGGAUAAGUGCUCGAGGUGCAGGUUUUACAUUUGGUCAGGAUAUAAGUGAACAAUUUAAUCAUACGAACGAUCUAAGCCUGAUUGCCAGAGCACAUCAAUUGGUUAUGGAGGGAUAUGCUUGGUCACAUGAACAAGACGUGGUAACCAUAUUUAGCGCUCCCAACUAUUGUUAUAGAUGCGGUAAUCAAGCUGCUAUUAUGGAAGUGGACGAAAAACAUGAAAAGCAAUUCUUACAAUAUGAUCCAUCAGUAAGACCAGAAGAACCUGCUGUAAGCAGAAAGACACCUGACUAUUUCUUAUGA